GGCACAAACGAGCUCGAAUUAGAUUAAUCUUCCUUUUGAACGAAGUUAAAAGGAUUCGCUGUGAAUUUUCCUUCAUCCACAUCAAAAAUCUUUCGCAACUACAAAUUUCAUCCUGAAAACUUCUCUAAAAAACCAAUCUUUUUCAAUAUCUUGCUUUUAUGAUCUUUAAUUUUUUGCAAAUUUUGAUCCGAGAUCAUCCAAUAUAGUUAAGUUUCCCCACAUCCCUGGCCUGAAAAAUCUCGUCUUCCCAGUCUAAACUGCUACUCGUCGUCGUCCUCAACUUCGGCGGUGGAUCUGCAAAGCUUCCGGCGGCGACGGAAGGAGGAAACCGGGAGCUUGGCUGAGCUCAGGCGAAGCGCUAUUCAAAGAGCUAAUUCGAGCUAGCGAAGAGAGCCGGAGAAGCUGUGAGGAACAGUUUACUGCUUGGCUUGGUGCCCUUUGGCUCCUGGAUGAGAGCCGUCUUGCUCGAGGGCCUGGUAGCGCAAGCUUUGAGGUCUGUGGGAGUCCGUCAGAUUUUGCUCCUUCUUAUUGUGAUCCGAGGCGGCACAGCUCUGCAUUAUGAAAGCUGAAGGAAGUAUAUUCAGGCGAUUCAUUGACUGAAGAAGCCCGGGGCUCAAUUUACGUUUUCAUUCCAACUUCCAUGUCAGAGAGAAAGAUGCAGGCCACAAGCUCUGAGACCAGAAGGUUCCUCUUUUAUCUGGUCUCCCUGUCCAUCUUCCUUCUGACCUUUUCCUGCUUCACUCUAUGGAGAUCAAACGCUACCAAUUCCCUAAUUCCUGAAUCAGUCCUCAUGUUGAUGCUUGUUAAUAACACAUCAGUUCUUGGUAACAAUGGCGGCAGCUCCAAAACAACUUCCCAUCUUGAAUCACUUGUUGCACAUCCCCCCCUAUCAAAAAUUCGUGAAGAUUUUAAACAAAAUUUUCAAAAUGAGAAUCUUUGUGAUCCAAAUCAGGCAAAGCUGAAAGUUUUUAUGUAUGACUUACCUUCCGAGUUUCACUUUGGAUUAUUGGGUUGGAAGGGGAAGGCUGGUCAGCCAUGGCCGGACCUCAGCGACAUAAAUACUGUGCCAAACUAUCCUGGUGGGUUAAAUUUACAGCACAGUAUGGAAUACUGGUUGACCCUCGACCUUCUUGCUUCAGAUAAUCCAGGUGUGAGCAGACCUUGCACAGCAGUUAGAGUACAUGAUUCAAGCAUUUCUGAUGUGAUUUUUGUCCCAUUCUUCUCCUCUGUGAGCUACAACAGACACUCAAAGCUUUAUGGCAAAGAGAAGUUUAGCAGGGAUAAGUUCCUGCAGGAUAAACUGGUUAAGUUCCUAAGGAACCAGGAGGAAUGGAGAAGAUCAGGAGGAAGAAAUCAUUUAAUUAUGGCUCACCAUCCGAACAGCCUUUUAGAUGCUCGGAGACAAUUGGGUUCUGCAAUAUUUUUGCUGGCAGAUUUUGGAAGAUAUUCUUAUGAAAUUGCAAAUAUUAAAAAGGACAUAGUUGCACCUUACAAGCAUGUUGUUAAUUCGAUUGGGAAUGAUUCGGCUCCGUUUGAAGAUCGACCAAUAUUGGCUUACUUUCAAGGAGCCAUUAUUAGGAAGGAUGGUGGGAUGAUCAGACAAGAACUAUAUCAGCUUUUAAAGGACGAGAAAGAUGUACACUUCGCAUAUGGAACCGUCGCCGGAAAUGGCAUCAAUCGUGCCAGCAAAGGCAUGGCUUCAUCUAGAUUCUGCCUCAACAUAGCCGGAGACACUCCCUCAUCUAACCGCCUCUUCGAUGCCAUUGUUAGCCACUGUGUCCCUGUAAUCAUCAGUGAUAAGAUCGAGCUCCCCUUCGAAGACAUCUUGGAUUAUUCACAAUUCACUAUUUUCGUGCGAGCUUCGGACGCCAUUAGGGAAGGCUAUCUUCUGAAUGUGCUCAGAGGGAUCAGUAAGGAACAGUGGACGCCAAUGUGGAGAAGGUUGAAGGAAGUCGCCCAUCAUUUUGAAUACCAAUAUCCAUCCAAAGAUGGAGACGCCGUCGAAAUGAUUUGGCAAGCGGUUGCUCGAAAGUUGUCGAUGGUUCGAUUGAGUGUUCAUAAGGAGAAUCGAUUCCGUCGGUCUAGAAUCGGAGAAUAGAGGUUUGUGAUUUAAGGUAUUGAAUUCAUGUACAUGUUUAGUAUUAGUAAUCAUAGAAUCUUUCUUUUUUUUAUGUUGCGUUUUUUUCUUAUUUAAAUAAAAAAAUUGGUUACACAAUGUAUUGGUUUGAC